AUGACACAAGAACAAGUUGUCACUCCUGCCUCGGCAGCGCAACCUCCCCACGAUCCCUCGCACGAGGAGCACCAAUACCUCAGGUUGAUUCGCACGAUCUUGUCGCAAGGAGAGCAUAGGCCGGAUCGAACAGGGACAGGCACGCAGUCGAUCUUCGGUCCCCCACAGCUGCGAUUCUCCCUGUCAAAACCCAAUCCCGACGGUGGCGCCCCGAUUCCCAUCCUGCCCCUCCUCACCACCAAGCGAGUGUUUCUACGCGCCGUCCUCGCCGAGCUCCUGUGGUUCAUCUCCGGCUGCACAUCAUCCCUACCCCUCUCCGAAGCCGGCAUUAAGAUCUGGGAUGGAAAUGGCAGCCGCGAGUACCUCGAUAAGGUUGGACUGGGACACCGAGAGGAAGGCGAUUUGGGCCCUGUGUACGGGUUCCAGUGGCGACACUUCGGCGCAGAGUACGUGGACGCCAAGGCAGACUACACUGGCCAAGGCGUCGACCAGCUCAAGGAGGUCGUGAACAAGAUUAUGAACUCACCAUUCGAUCGCCGCAUUAUCAUGAGUGCUUGGAACCCCGCAGACUUGACCAAGAUGGCUCUCCCGCCAUGCCACAUGUUUGCUCAGUUUUACGUUUCGUUCCCGCCGGGUAUGAAACUCGACGAGAAGACUGGACGCCCAACUGAGAAGGGUACCUUGUCUUGUCUCCUCUACCAGCGCUCUUGCGACAUGGGUCUUGGUGUGCCCUUCAACAUCGCCUCCUACGCUCUUCUUACCCACAUUCUUGCCCACGCUGCUGAUUUGCACCCUGGUACUCUCAUCCACACGAUGGGCGAUGCUCACGUGUAUCUUGACCAUGUCGAUGCGCUGAAUGAGCAGUUGACUCGGGAGCCCACAGAGUUCCCCGAACUGCGCAUCAAGCGUGAGGACCGGGGCAGCGCUGUCGUCGACGGCUGGAAAGAGGACGAGUUUGAGGUCAUUGGGUACAAGCCCCAUAAGAUUAUCAAGAUGAAAAUGAGUGUUUGA